UGAUUGUUUACGUAGUACUUUUGUCUUGUUUAAACUUUCAUCAACUUGCACACUCCAUUGACUUGCUCCCUUUAAAUAGUACUCUUAGUAAUUCAGUAUUAAACAUAUUAUCACCUCCCUUAUAUUUACUCGAGAAAACAAUGUGUUUUCCUUCCUUUUCACAAUGAUCUCCUCCUCCACCACCACCAUUGCAUCUACCACUUUCAUUUCCUUAUUUCUUUCGUUUCCAUAAUUGACUCUUCAAAUGGAUCCAUCCGAACACUCCGCCACGAAGUCGCCGAAAAGAGAGCUCCAAGGUCCCCGGCCAACGCCACUCAAAGUAGGAAAAGAUUCACAUAAAAUUAAAAAACCACCGGUGGUGCCACAUCAGCACCAUCGGUUGCCACAUCAUCAUCAACCUCCACCACCACGACCACCAAUAAUAAUAUACACCGUGUCCCCUAAGGUAAUCCAUGCAAACCCUAGUGAAUUCAUGUCUUUAGUCCAACGACUAACUGGACCAAAUUCUUCAUCAUCAUCGUCAAGCUCCUCAUUUCCUUUUCAAGAAAAUACAAAUAUUAGCGCGAUUUCUCCGGCUGCUAGGUUCGCUUCAAUAGAGAAAACAAGAACACCAAAAGGGAAAAAAUCACAAAGUACUAAUUGUGACAUGGAAAUUGUUGAUGAAGGGAUAGAAAUAAAUAGAGAAAUUGAAAGAAGUACAAGUGGACUUUCUCCUCAAGGUAUUUUGUCACCAAAUCCAGAUUCACUUCAACCUAUAUCAUCAAAUUUCUUUUCACCUCCAUCAGCUGGAUUUUUCCAUGAUUUAAGUCCUGUAUUACAUAGUAACAGAAAUUAUUUUGAACAUAAUUUCUUGCCUAGCCCUUCAUCAAAUUUUAUUUCACCAAGAAUAAUACUAUCUCCUGGUACUCCAUCUUUAGAUCUUUUCAAUAACCUUUUCGACCACCAUAGAUAGAAAUAGGAUUUGUACGGGGUUCAUGUUCGGAAUUCUAUCACAAUACAUUUGAUUAGUUAGUGGGUUCAAAUUUAUUGUUAUUAUUAUUUAGCGAUUAUUUUUAUACAUAUAUAAAAUUUGAGUCAAAAUUACUGAUUUUAUAUUAACGCUAUGCUCUUUCUUUUCCCUCAUUUGAAUUGAAAUGGUGGGCCAUUUCGAUGAGCAGGUCAAACGUAGGAUUUCUAAUUUUUCAUUUGAGAUGCACAUAACUCAUUAGCAUAUUAUUUUAUAGUAACAUAUUUUUUAUGUACUUUUUGCGAUUAUGUAGGCUUGUAUUUUUAUGUACUAUUCAAAAUUAGAAUAAAGUAGAAAUGAAGAGAAAGUCUUCGACC